CGCCGUUCGUGCCGGUCCGUGCCCCUUCUUGCGGCGGCCGCCGCCGUCUGGAGCGGACAGCCGGCCCCUGGACACUCGCGGCGCUGGCGGAGGUCGGCGUCCACGGCUGCGCGCGCACCCACGGCACGACCAUGCUCUGGACUUGACCGAGCGGCGGAGGCAGGCGCCCCCGCCCCCUCCUCCCCACCCGGAGCGCGGCGGCGCAGCUGGAGAGGGUGUGAGCUCGCCCGGCGUCGGGCUCGCGCAGCUUCCCGCGGCCUCCAGCGCGCAUCCUCCGGCUCCCUCAGCCGCUGGCGGCGGGUGGGUAGGGCGCGGAGUGGAAGCGAGGUCAUCGGCUCGGCGGCGCGAGAGGCAGGUGGCCGCGGGGGAGGAGCCUGCAGACCUGUGCGAUCCGCGCGACCCCGGUUUCCACUGGGAGAAGUAACCGUACGCUCACGUAUCUACAAGCCUCCCGGUUUCCACGGCGCGCCCCAUCCUCCAUACAUGUCUACAUCGCCUUGUCCCUCUGUCCUCACAAGAUUCGUGCCCUCCUUCAUUUUCUGUAGAACCCGGAACAGCCCGGGCUUGAGAUGUGAAAAGCCUUGGAUACCUCCAACUCCGCAGAUCUGACGUACCGAGGAGCUAAGAGGUUAAAAGUGCUCUGCAGGACUGUCAUGGUGGGGAUAGAAUGUGGAACAUGUAGAAGUAUUCAAGAAGUGGCUGAAGGAAAAAAGUGCCACUGCUUAUCAGAAAAUAAAACAAAACAUGGGAAAUACAACCACCAAAUUCCGCAAAGCUCUCAUCAAUGGUGAUGAAAACCUCGCUUGCCAAAUAUAUGAAAAUAAUCCUCAACUAAAAGAAUCCCUUGAUCCAAAUACAUCCUAUGGAGAGCCCUAUCAACACAACACUCCAUUACACUAUGCUGCUAGACAUGGAAUGAAUAGAAUAUUAGGGACUUUUCUUUUUGGUAGAGAUGGAAACCCAAAUAAACGGAAUGUGCACAAUGAAACAUCUAUGCAUCUGUUGUGUAUGGGGCCUCAAAUCAUGAUAUCUGAAGGAACCCUUCAUCCUCGCUUAACACGCCCUGUGGAAGAUGAUUGCAGGAGAGCAGAUUGUCUGCAGAUGAUCUUAAGAUGGAAAGGAGCAAAGCUUGACCAGGGUGAAUACGAAAGAGCAGCUAUUGAUGCUGUUGAUAACAAAAAGAACACACCCCUUCACUAUGCUGCAGCCUCAGGGAUGAAAGCCUGUGUAGAGCUUUUAGUAAAACAUGGAGGAGAUUUGUUUGCUGAAAAUGAAAAUAAAGAUACUCCUUGUGAUUGUGCCGAAAAACAACACCACAAAGAUCUGGCCCUCAGUCUGGAGUCUCAGAUGGUGUUCUCUCGGGACCCAGAGGCUGAGGAAAUUGAAGCCGAGUAUGCUGCAUUAGAUAAACGAGAGCCAUAUGAAGGAUUAAGGCCUCAGGAUCUUCGCAGAUUAAAGGAUAUGCUUAUUGUGGAGACUGCAGACAUGCUCCAGGCCCCUCUGUUUACUGCUGAAGCGCUACUUCGAGCUCAUGAUUGGGACAGGGAGAAAUUACUUGAAGCUUGGAUGUCCAACCCAGAGAACUGCUGCCAACGGUCAGGUGUGCAGAUGCCAACUCCACCACCAAGUGGAUACAAUGCCUGGGACACUCUUCCUUCCCCAAGAACUCCAAGGACUACACGCUCUUCUGUCACCUCUCCAGAUGAAAUCAGUCUGUCUCCUGGGGAUUUAGAUACCAGUUUGUGUGACAUUUGUAUGUGCAGUAUUUCUGUAUUUGAAGAUCCAGUGGAUAUGCCUUGUGGACAUGAUUUUUGUAGAGGAUGUUGGGAGUCGUUUUUAAAUCUGAAAAUUCAAGAAGGUGAAGCCCAUAACAUUUUCUGCCCUGCAUAUGAAUGCUUUCAACUUGUGCCUGUAGAUAUUAUAGAAAGCGUAGUUUCUAAGGAGAUGGACAAACGCUACCUACAGUUUGAUAUUAAGGCCUUUGUUGAAAAUAAUCCUGCCAUUAAAUGGUGUCCAACUGCAGGCUGUGAAAGAGCAGUCAGACUGACGAAGCAGGGGUCAAAUCCCUCUGGGUCUGACACACUCAGCUUCCCCUUGCUAAGAGCCCCUGCUGUGGACUGCGGAAAAGGACACCUCUUCUGCUGGGAGUGCCUUGGUGAAGCACAUGAGCCUUGUGACUGCCAAACAUGGAAAAAUUGGCUACAAAAAAUUACUGAAAUGAAGCCAGAGGAACUUGUCGGAGUCAGUGAAGCCUAUGAGGAUGCUGCCAAUUGUCUGUGGUUGUUAACUAACUCCAAGCCUUGUGCAAACUGUAAGUCUCCAAUACAGAAGAAUGAAGGCUGCAAUCACAUGCAGUGUGCCAAGUGCAAGUAUGACUUUUGCUGGAUCUGCCUAGAAGAAUGGAAGAAACAUAGUUCUUCCACUGGUGGUUAUUACAGAUGUACUCGCUAUGAAGUCAUUCAGCAUGUAGAGGAGCAAUCCAAGGAAAUGACUGUAGAGGCUGAGAAGAAGCAUAAACGGUUUCAGGAACUUGACAGAUUUAUGCACUACUACACGAGAUAUAAAAACCAUGAGCACAGUUAUCAGUUAGAACAACGCCUUCUUAAAACAGCCAAAGAAAAGAUGGAACAAUUGAGUAGAGCUCUCAAAGAAACUGAAGGAGGCUGUCCAGAUACCACUUUCAUAGAAGAUGCGGUGCAUGUGCUCCUAAAAACUCGACGCAUCCUCAAGUGUUCUUAUCCAUAUGGAUUUUUCUUAGAACCUAAAAGCACAAAGAAAGAAAUUUUUGAACUAAUGCAAACAGACCUAGAAAUGGUCACUGAAGACCUUGCCCAAAAAGUCAAUAGGCCUUAUCUCCGUACCCCCCGCCACAAAAUCAUCAGAGCAGCUUGCCUUGUGCAGCAGAAAAGGCAAGAGUUCCUGGCCUCUGUAGCUCGUGGAGUUGCUCCCGCAGACUCACCAGAUGCUCCCAGGCGCAGCUUUGCCGGUGGAACAUGGGAUUGGGAAUAUUUAGGAUUUGCAUCACCUGAGGAAUAUGCUGAAUUUCAGUACCGGAGGAGGCACAGACAACAGCGCCGUCGAGGAGACGUGCACAGUCUGCUCAGUAACCCUACAGAUCCUGAUGAACCAAGCGAAAGCACUUUUGAAUGUCUGGCAGACUCUUUCAUGAAGCAGGAACCCCGAAGGACGGUCUCACUUUUAGAUAUGCCAGAAGGUGGCAGCAGCCUCAGGCCUGGUGCAUCCGUGGUAAGCUCUGCAUCCAUGAGUGUGCUGCAUAGCUCUUCCCUUCGAGACUACAGCCCUGCCAGUCGCUCUGGAAACCAGGACUCUCUGCAGGCUCUGAGUUCCUUAGAUGAAGAUGACCCCAAUAUACUUCUUGCUAUACAGUUGUCACUGCAAGAGUCUGGACUGGCCAUCGAUGAUGAAACCAGAGACUUCCUUAAUAACGAGGUAUCCCUGGGAGCCAUAGGCACUUCUUUACCUUCGCGGCUAGACUCUGUACCCAGGAGCACAGACAGUCCUCGGGCUACAGUAAGCAGCUCUGAGCUACUGGAACUUGGUGACAGCCUCAUGAGACUGGGAGCAGACGGCGACCCAUUUUCAACUGACACUUUGAGUUCACGACCUCUCAGUGAACCGAGAAGUGAUUUUUGUCCCUCUUCCAGUGACCUUGACUCAGCUGGCCAGGACCCCAGUGCCAGUGACAAUCUUCUUGGCAAUAUUAUGGCUUGGUUUCAUGACAUGAACCCUCAGAGCAUCGCCCUGAUUCCUCCAGCAACAGCCAUGGAAAUGAGUGCAGAGCCUCAGCUUCCCUGUGUCAGAGCUGGGUCAGAAGGUGUGAGGGAUGUGAGACUGGUGUCUCCAGAAGACUCGGUGUCCAAAAUUGCUGGUGUCCAUGAAGGCGAAAGAACCCAGAGGGAAGAAAAACCUCGGGAAGAGAAUAUUCUGGCCGGGGAAGAGUUGUCUCAAGUUGGUGACAGUAGCAAUGAGGCAGUCAGCAGAGGGGAUCUGUCAGAUGCUGCCAGUCAAACCCCUCAAACCUCAAGUGACUGGCUCGAGCACGUACAUUUAGUAUGAGUGGCACGUGUUUGCUCUCCAGGUGAAUCGCAGUACAGGGGGUAUGUUAGGUGGAGUUUGCUUUAUAGAGACUUUGAUUCACUCAGUUUGAACUCAGUUAUAAACCAUUGAUGUUAGGAUUGAAUGCAAAGGUGUUCCCUCGGAUGAUAGCUUCAGCGUCGAUUUUAACCUUACAGGUAAUUUUCUUUUGUGUUUGUCCCUUUUUCCAUGACAAAAGAAGAGCAGGAGAGAACACAAUGGAAUAAUGGGUUGACAUCCACGUUCUCAGAGAAUGCAGUGCUCUGUCUAGCCUGGGGUUGACAGUAUUAAGUUGACCACUUAUAUCAAAAGCUUACUCCUUAAUCCUCUGAUGGCUUUCCUCUUUUUUAAAACAGUGAGACGUUUUCUUCAUUUUAAAAGCUGGACUGAUAGAGUGUGUCCUCAGUGUCUAUGUCUAUGUCCCUUGUUGUCCCAGCAGUGUGAGCUGUGGUGUCUGUGCUGCUUCUAGUACCUGUCUACCACAGUGUGACUUUCUUUUUCCCACAUGGAUCAAAGAUUCCUUCUCAUGUCUAUUCACCGUCCAAUUGUGCCAAACUCUGACUCCAGCGCUGACUAACAAGACGUUCAGGUGUGCAGCAUCCUAGUGUGCUCCAGGGCAGUGUCAGCGUUGUCGGGGAGUAAAAGGUGCCACUCGGUAGUAAUGAUGUUCCAGAAUUUAAUGGGCUUUUGUUGCCAUGGAGACUGCAUUUAAAUAAAUGUAGCCUGUAGCUUAAGUAAACUAAAGCUAAUGCUGCUGUUAAAACAGUUUAUUUUAAUAUUAAAAUACAGUUGAUUAGCAACAGCGGUGCUGUAUUUAAGAGACACUUUAUUGGAAGUGCAAUCAUAGUUCUUUCUUUUCACAAUUUUACAGUGCAUUCUAAUUACUAAUGGGUGCAAUUACUUUUAAUGGUGUUUUAUAACAUAGAAAAACUGGAGUUUUCAUGAGUUACAGUAAAUCCCAUAGUUAUUAAAAAAUUCAAUACAACAUCCUACACAACAUGUUACCGUGCCUUUGCCUAACCUAAAUGGGUAGUUGCCAGUUAAGUAAGUCAGUAAUUCAAAUUUCAAUGUCUCUUCUGAAGUAACUCUGCUAUGAAUUGCAAAGACCUCCAUGAAACCACCCAUGGCCUUGCCUUUACAGUAACUAUGACAACUAAGUGUUCAAUUUGUUUGCCUAGAUAGCAAAUGCUGCUGUGUUUGUUCUCUUGUGCAGAACUCAUCUGCUGUGUGAUCACUGUUUAGUAUUGACAACCCAACCUCCUAGUUACCAGUGUCCUACUGUGAAGAAAUACUGGUCUUAGUUCUAGUUAAGAUACAGUGGUACAGUGUGUCAUUAAUACUAGAGUAAACUGUUGGAAUGGCUCUUUUACUUAUUAUUAUUAAAGCUAGCAUAACAUAAGCAAAAUAGAUACAAGGAGCACUCCAUGUAGUGCUUUGCCAUUGUUACCAGAAACCAAAAUUUCUAUACUGAGUUUGUACAGGUAAGUCCUAGGCCAGGUAGAAGAUUGUCUUUCAUAUUGAUGUCCAUAAUUAUUGUUCUUAUUACCUCUUUUUCAAACCUUGUUUUUGAAAUAUUCAUGUACUUUGAUUUCAAAUGGCCAAAACAUUGUACCUGAGUAUUUACUGGUAAUUAUUCAUGGAUAUCAAGAGUUCCUAAUAGUUUUUAUUUCUCCAGUUAUCACAGCAUUGAUAUGAGUCCCUUUAAAGUUAGUGGGGCAAAUGCAAACUUUGUCUAUAGUGUAUUACUGUAUGUUAAACUGAAAUAGUCUUAAAGAAUUUUUAAUUUGGAUUAAAAAUAUGAACACCAUAAAGUUUCUAGACCAGGGUGUAACUUUUCCAGUAGAAAGCACUUGUAUCCCUAGAGACAUCUUGCACAGCCGCAGUGAGGAGAGGAGGGGCCUGUGGAGACCAUGUGAGCUGGGCCUCUGUCCCCUUGCCCUGUGCAGUGCCUGUCAUGAUGUACUGGUUUCCUGGGUGUAAAACUAUCAUUUUCCGGUUUGUACUUCCUUGGUACAUAUUUUAAAAACAGCACAGUCAUUGACUUUCCAAUUCAGUAAUAAAGUUUGGCAAAGCCUAUUUUGUAAACAACUUUAAUUUUAUAAUGUAAAAAAAAAAUUAAUCUAACCUUGACUUGUUAUUUGCACUUUCAUAGUCUAUACUUGAUACAUUCCCACUUUAUAUACAGUAGGGUUCUACAGACCUGUAGAUGUUUGGCCAAAUGAAUGCUGUUGAUAAUAUGUAAAAUUCUUUGAUUAAACAUUUAUUACUUAAACUA